AUGCUUAGGUUUCAAAUUAAAUGGGUUAGGCAAUAUUCAAACGUUUCUAGUAUCAAUAGACCUCUAUUCGAGACUGUAUUCCCUAAACAGAAGUUUAUCAAGAAGAUAUUGUUUGAUUUAGAUAGUAGACUUACUUAUUCUAAACUUCAACCUUUGUUCAAAUAUUUUUAUGAGAACAUGGAUAAUGAUGAGGUUGAAAUAACUGCAAAUAAACUAUGGAAAGGUAUCACAGGAGAUGAUUUAAUGUUGAUGAAAAAAGUGUUAGAAAGGACUAGACGUAAGACUAAAGCAACUAACAAACAUCUAUUGGUAUUGGAGAAUAGUAUACUUGAUAAAGCGGCAGAUGUGGGUAAUCAAGAUGCUAUUGCAAUUUUAAGCUUCGAUGUGCUUAAAGAUCCUAAAAACAGCACAGAUGAGGAUAUAGAUUAUGCUCGAAUGUUAACUAAACAAUUAUAUAAGAGUCAGCAUCCUAUGACUAUCAAAUUUAUCGGUGAUUUAUCUUUGAGGCAACAUAACGACGUUGAAGCUGAGAAAUAUUACAAAAAGUUCUUAGAAUUAGAAGAUGAUACUGUAUUGGCAGGUGAAGUUUAUGGCCAACUUGGUGAACUUUAUUUUAGAAGGGCAAAUGUAUUUAAAGCAGAAGAACAUUUUAAGAAAAGUGUCAAGUUGACUCCAAUGGAUUUAUCAGUACGAUCAUAUUAUUACUUAGCACAAAUUAACAUGAAUUCGUAUCCACAACUAGCUAGAACUUUGUUGGAAUUAUGUGCAACACAGGGUUUCAAAGAAGCAUUUAGAUCACUAGGAUAUCUGGAAAUGAAUUAUUAUAAUAGUAAUGACAAGGCUUAUGAAUGGUUUAAAUUAGGUAUGGAAUUGUACGAUGUGGAAUGUUAUUUUGGAUUUUUUGACUGUUGUCUAAAGUUAAAGGAUACAAAAUCUGCAAUUUUAUGUAUUAAAAGUUUAGAAAAACUGAAGGAAGUUAAUUUCGAUCAUAAACCAUUAAUUGAUAUUUUCUUGGCUAGUCGUGAAUCAAGCAUCAAAAAAUUGAAAAUACCUGUAACAGAUUCUGACACUACGAAAAAGGAUGUUGAAAUUAUCAAAGCCGAUGCUGAAACUAUCAAAACCGAUGUAGAAACUACAAAACCUUUGACUAACGACGACAACAACAGAUGGAACUUGUAA